UAAAUAUACAUUUUAAAUUGACGAAACUUCCAACGUGAUUCCUAGCUUUUUUUAAAAGAAAAAAAUAUACUCCAAAUACAAUAAAUAAAAAUUAAAUAGGAUAUACGAAUGAAUUUUUCUAUAAAUAGGGCAUUGUGAAGCUCCUCCAUGCAUUGCAACAAUCAGUAAAAAGGAUCUCAUCAAAGUAUACGUUAAGUUUAAUCAAGCAAAAAGGUUUAAUUAAGAUGGCGGAAAUUGAAGCACAAGUGUAUGGUGUGGAGGAUAAGAAUGCUGAUCAUGAUAAGAUUAAGAGGGAUUUAGAGGCUAAGGCUUCAAACACAGUUGAUUUGCAAACAAGCUGCACUAAUCUUACAACUAAGUUGGUGACCAGACUUGAGAGAGAACAUUUUUGGGCAGGUCGGGCAGUCACUGUCCUGCCCGCCAUUGCACCAUGGACUUACGGUGUCCCUACUCAAAGAGGUGAUCUUCCUGCUGGUGUUAAGUGGGGUGUUGCCUAUGCUGAUGGUCCUGACUCUACUGCUCGUAAGUGGGUUGUGGCUUUUGAUACUGCUGCCCAAAAGGCCUAUGCUGAAGCUGGACCAACUGGUCCAAUUGAUUGGAAUGUAGUGGAAGUGAAACUGGGUUUAUCUGGUAGCAAAUCUGAGGUUGAAGACCCAAUUCUUGGUGGAAAAUGUACUGCUGAGAUUGAUGGUCUCAAGGCUUGGGCUACUUUCCGUUGAACAUUUCUGUAGCUUUUUACCUCAUCUAUUCAAUCAUCACUGUUCUCAUAUUCCCUUUAAAUUUGAUGAUGAUGAUGAAGUGUUGUUUAUUUUCUCUAAUAAAUAGUCAUGUUUAUUUGUAAUUAAUAAUCAUGAUGAUAAUGCUCAUUACGUACUUCUCUUAGUUUAUGAUUUCCCUACCUAUGUUGUUUAACCAAUAUGAGCAUAAUUUAUGGAAUAAAGUGUGUUUGCUCUUUUUUAAUUA